AACAUCGUCGGACCAAGCUUUUUCCUUUUCCCCCCCUUUUUGAGUCGCGUUGGUUUUAGUCAAAAAUAACAAGUGACGUUUUUAACGUGUUUGACGAAGAAAGGAGAAGUAGUGGAAAAGAAAGCCCCCCCUCCUUAUUUAUAGCUCAUUUCUGAUUUUGUGCGAUCGAGUGCAGUGGAUGAACAGGAUGGAAAAUGAUAUUUCAGAAGGAAAAUCUACUAACUCUUCAUCAGGUGCAACACUCUCCCUCACUGCCCUGAGCCUCCUGGUCCCACCACUUCGGUUGGUCUCAGCAGCCGUCUGGCAGACCAUCCAGCAAAAAGUUGUAGCUGAUUACGGGAUGCUUGAGGAGUUUGUGUCUAUGGUUACAGACAUUCUUCCAGAGCUGCUCAACAGCCGCCAGCGGACUGAACUCAGCCUGGGCCUCAGAGCACGGCUGAUCCUGGAGUUAUGCCAGCGUGAAGCUCCUGCUGACUUUGAGAUCAUUCAGCCACACUUGGACAGGAUGCAAGUGCUCAUCAAUGCAUGGCUAGUGGAGGCUGGUGGUACUAAUGUAGAACUACCACAAUCAAACUUUGUGGAUCUCGUAAACAGCUUGCUGAAUGAUCCUGAAGAAAGAGAGCACUUCUUUCAGAAUGUUUUCCCUGCAGAGUUUGGUCCUGCAUACGAUGAAACACUUCACACUUUGAUGUGGCUGUUUUUAUCCAGAUUUGAAAAGAUUCUUCAUCUUCAAUCAUUCCAGCAGGUUGCCUCCAUGUUUGGUGAAGCUUCUUCUGCUCUCAAGGACUGCAUGCAGUUGGUGUCUCAGUGUGAAGAGCUCAAAACUCUGCUGCAGUAUCAAAAACACCUUAGCCAACUAGAUCAUAUAGAUAGUUCUCUGGAUGGUGAGUGGAUCAUUUCAGCUCUAAACCUUCCCUGUGUAGAAAAAACUGAAACCCUUAAAACACAAGCAAAGGGCAGCAUUUUGGAUGAAUUGAUGUCUUUAUCAGAUUUGGAAAACGAAUCACUGGCUCCAGAACAGCAGACGUAUGAGACCAAUGAUGGUAAAACUGAUUGGACUCCUGAGCACAGUGGAACACAGUUGCCUUUAGGAGAUUCAACAAAACAUGACGAAAAUGUAAAUCUUCAGACAGAUGGUUUUUGUCACCUAAUCAAAGAGUGCCAUGUUCAUCUAAGAAGACUUGACCUGCCACUGUCUUUAGAGUCUCGACCUGUGAGGUCAAACAGAGGCCUAAGAAUGAAAAAGAUUCUCCAAGAGGUGAAAGGACAACUCUGCGGAGAGGCCCUGCCUGCUGACAAAUCUGUUUCCAGGAAAGCAAAACAGUUCGAGAGGGUUUCUCGAAUGCUGUCAGACAAUGAGGAUUCAGGCAAAGACUCCUCAUACAUGGCUCCCAUCAGUACUUGCAGUGAAGAUGACUCCUGGUCUUACUACUCUGAUAAGGACUCUUGUCAUAACACUGUUAGCAGAAGUCCCAGUGUAACUGAUUCAUGGUCUCACUACUCAGACGAUGAGUCUUCAGUUGUGACUCCUGUUAAUAGUUCCCCUGAAAAUGAUUCAGUUUGUAGCAGCUCAGAUGAGGACCCUUCGUUCCUGGGUCCUAAAGAUGUGUCGGAUAUUAGCAGAAAUCGUGGCCCUGCUGGCAUAAAGCAUAGCUCUACCAAACACACUCGUUUAAUCCAGUGCUUUAUCUGCAAAGAGCAUGUCAACACAAGCCUGAGAACUCACAUGAAAACCCACUUUCCCACCAAUGACUACGCGUGCCCUCGAUGUGAUAGCAGGUUUAAACUCCUAUCCUCUCUGAAGAAGCACUUGAAUAAGACUUGUUAUGAAUAUGCUCAGCAGCAUGUAGAUCCAGGGAAUCCAGAUGAAGUCAAGAAUCUUUACAAAUGUGACAAAUGCCAAGAGGCGUUCAAGUACAAAGUUUCUCUGCAAAAGCAUACCCUGACCCACAACGAGCUCUACUGCAACGUGUGCAGAAAGGUCCUUCGAGAUGCUGCGACGCUGGCAAGGCACAAAGUUUCACACACCCCAUUUCAGUGCAACCGCUGCGACAAGUCCUUCAGUCUUUUCAAGCCCUUACUCAAACAUUAUGAAAACAUCCAUAAACUCAGCAGACCGUUCAAAUGCAGCCAUUGCCCGAAAACUCUCCCCAGGCUGCGAUUUUUAAUCAUACAUGAAUGGCACCACACAGGCCACCUGCCGUUCCGGUGUGCUCAGUGCAGCCUGAGAUUCAAAUGUGAUGCCGAGCUCAUGUACCACGAGAGGGUCCACACCAGAGAGAAACCCUAUCUGUGUGCAGAGUGCGGCAAGACAUUCGCCCAAAGGUCCAACAUGUUGCGCCACCUGCACUUCAUCCACAGUGAGUCUCGAAAUGAGAAGAAGCACUCUUGCUCUCAGUGCGAGAAGUCCUUUAAAGAGAAAGGAGCGCUGAAAAAACACCAGAGGAGCAAACACUUACACGAGUUGUUCCGUAAUCCGUGUCCGACCUGCGGGAAGAUGCUUUCGGCGUCAACGAUGAAAAGGCAUAAAUUAAUCCACACUGGAGAAAGACCUUUCAAAUGCACUGUGCCUGAAUGCGAAAAGUACUACAGAUCAACCUCGGAGGUGAAGAAGCACGUUCUCAUACACCACACCACAGAGAGACCAUAUAAAUGUGACAUCUGUGGAAAGGGGUUUGUAAAAAUGUGGUAUCUCAAUGUACAUGCUAGAAUACAUUCGGGAGAAAAACCAUUUGUCUGCCAUAUCUGCGGCAAGGCAUUCCUGAAGGCCUACAGCAUGCACAGGCACAAAAGACUUCUACAUACAUUUGUUACACAUUAACUACGUGACACAGGUUAAGUUUGAUUGGUUAAGGAAAGUAGCUUCUUGGUGUGAAUGCGCAUUGAAUCUGAAUUCUGUCUAAUGGGCAGCAAGGAGCAGAUGUUGCAAAAACAAGUGCAAACAGAGCUUUCAGUACACUUGUUGUAUGACCUCAGUAAAACAAUUUAUGGUCUCAGUCGCUAGCUUUCUCAGUCAAGUCUCUUAUAAUGCUUAGAUUCUAGCUCUGUAUGAGAUGAAGCCAUGUUUGCUGCUGGUAAAAAAAACAACAACACAUCAGCUCAAAGGGCCAUAACUGAGCUGGCAAAAUCAUUCCCUAUUUACUAUUUAAAGUAUACAUGUUUUCAUUUGAACCACUUGUCUAAACCACGAGUGAGUGAUGACAGAGGUCAUUGCCAGAGGAAACCAACCAACCGGACAAAAAAAAAAAAGAGAGAGAGAAAAAGAAUAAAAACAUGUCCAGCUAACUUUGGACCUUUGUAACCACUUUGAGAACCCUACAAAUGCUUGUUCACGGGUAAAGUUAGCAUUAAGUUUUAGGUUAGAGUUAGGUACUUAGAUGGUUAAACCUCAGGUAAAAGGUGUGUGGAAUACACUGAUGCCAGUGAAUUACCUCACAAAGAUACCUAGAUAAAUGUCUGCUUUGCGCUACACAGAAGGAGGAGCACACAGAUUCAAAUAGUCUACAAUGAAACUAAAAAAGUAGUGGUUCCAGCAUGUAAAAUACUUACUGCCUUUAGUCCCACAGUUAAAUGCACUGUCUCCGUGUGGGGCACAGGCGAUGACUGUUGUCUGAGUCAGCAGCUGGCAGUACAAUGAAAACCCACUGUAAAGUAAACACAGUACAAAUGCAGGACACUUGAGGUGAAACAGUUCAGCUGGGUGUUUAAAAGGUCUUUGUGUCUUCUCCCAACUUCAAUUCAUAUGAAGAAUUACCAUAUUUGUUUCAUGUGUACUUUGUAUUUAACAGUGUAAAUUUUUUCUUAACUAUUUAGUUUGUUAGUUGUUUGAUUUUUAGAUUAUAUAUUUUUUGUUCUUUUUCAUGUUGUAUAUAAUGUGUUUUAGGCACAGAGCAGAAAAGUGAGCAGCAUUCAGGUUCUUCUGUGGAAAAUGUCAGGAAUGUGUUUUGAUCAUUUUCAUCUGUUUUCUAUCAAAAAAUUAAAAUGGUUAGGCUUUCACUUGAAA